GUCGCUAAAGUGCGUUCCGGACCGACCUCAUGAUGGAGACGGAUAGUUGUUUGUCUUUCUCUUCGCGGUCAAACCGGACACCACCAGAGAACUCACCGGGUUUGGAGCAGCAUAGUUCCUCGGGUUCGUUUCUUCCCUGCGAGGAACUUCAGAAAACCACACACCUUCCUCUCGCGCACCGUCUGAGUCUCCGGGGUCAGGGUGACUUCUACAGCUCGAGCUCCAUGGGACGGUUUAAUGACGGCGCACCAGCGGACUUUACGCACCGGGCAGCUUCCACCAACCCUCGCGCCUCGCCCAACAAACAUAGCAAAUAUAUGGAAAAUAUUAAUCAGGACCAAAAGGGUUUAUCAAUAAGCGGGAAGGGCUCGUUUUAUGAAAACAACUCGGAGGCCAGAGAGAAGGUGGGUCCCAAGCCCAUGGGUUACCCAGUGAUUGGCUCAGACUGCUGCAUCAAGCUGAAGGAGCCAACCAAUGGUCUCCAAACAGGGGACUCGAUCGCAGACUCCAUCGACCUAUCAGGCAAGAACAAGAAGCGUCGUAACCGCACCACCUUCAGCACCUUCCAGUUGGAGGAGCUGGAGAAGGUGUUUCAGAAGACUCACUACCCGGACGUUUACGCCCGGGAACAGCUGGCCCUCAGGACCGAACUCACAGAGGCCCGUGUACAGGUGUGGUUCCAGAACCGGCGGGCCAAGUGGAGGAAGAGGGAACGCUACGGGAAGAUCCAGGAGGUGCGAAACCACUUUGCUGCUACAUACGAUAUCUCCACCUACCAGAUGCAGAGCAACCUGUGGCCAGGAGCGGGUGCAGGAGGGGGCGGGGGGUCCGGCGGGGGCGGUGUCCUGGGCCCUGACACCAUGUCUUCCUCCUGUAUGACCCCCUACCCCCACCCCCACAGCAAUCUCUCCUCCAUGGGCUUCAUGGGCAUGCCCCCGUCCUCCAGCCACCCCCACCACCCUCACCAUCACUCCCCACACCACCCUGCCAUCAACGGCCUCUAUUCCCUCCACAGCUUCCCUGGGUCCCUCGGGGGCCACUCCUUUGAGCCGGGGCCAGAGACCGAGUAUAAGCCAUCCAGCCUGGUGGCCCUGCGGAUGAAGGCUAAGGACCCUGGGAGUGUUCUGUCCUGGCAUACAUGACCACCACAGUGUCAGGGUCAGAGCCCUACUACUGACUGAGCCAAUGUACAAACACACACAUUCAAACUCAAUCUUGUAUACUAGCGACCCCAUGGAUAGUUAUGGCCACAUGUGUUUGUGUUCCUGCAUGUUGACAUAACAGCAGAAGUCAAAACUCUCUCCUGGGCAUUUCCAUGUAAAAGGACCAACAUUUUAAGUUAAUACGAACAGUUCAAAUUGGGUGUCAAAUAAAAGCUAAGAGUCUAUAUUUUGGGGAAAUUAAUGCAUAGAUACAUUUUUCAACCGUUUUCCAUCUAGAACAUUUGGCAUAUGUAAAGGCUUUGAUUUCUGGAUAAACAGAUGGAAAAGGGGUCUUAGAAGACAUCUUACCCAG